UGUGACGUCAUCAGGACGGAGCGUGAUGUCAGCGGCUGGUCAUCGGAGUGUCUCCGCCAGCUGUUGCUAUCGGUGCGGGUGGAGGGGCCGGAGGGGGCGUGUCAGCUGACCGACCUCGACCAAUUGGAAGGAGAAGCUUCCAUCAACAACCGCAAAGGGAAACUCUUCUUCUUCUACGAGUGGACGCUGAGAGCCAGCUGGCUCGGGACAGCGAGCAGCGGCGUGAAGUACCGAGGAAACGUCCACGUGUCGAACCUGUCGGACGAGAACGACGAGGACGACCUGGACAUCUCGGUGUCUCUAUGUAAAGACCAUCCCGACACACCGCUCCUCGGCCUCAUGAGGACUCGUGGGGUCCAGGAGGUCCGGAGGGUUCUGGGCCAGUACGUCCAGCAGCUCAAAUCAGAGUUCAGCCAGGGGAUGAUCCUCCCCUCCAAUGGACAGCAGAAGACCAGUCCGCCUCAGGUAGACCCCCGAACUACAUCUGUAUGUCUCCUCCAGACCAGUCCGCCUCAAGUAGACCCCCAAACUACAUCUGUAUGUCUCCUCCAGACCAGUCCGCCUCAGGUAGACCCCCAAACUACACAUGCAUUUCUCCUCCAGACCAGUCAGCCUCAGGUAGACCCCCAAACUACACCCAAACUACAUCUGUAUGUCUCCUCCAGACCAGUUUUGUUCCGGGAGCUGACAGACAGACAGACGGCGCUGAGACAUUUUAUCCACUACCUGACGGAGAGCAACGACCAGAGACUGCUGCUGGAUCUGCUCAGGUCUCUGGGGAGGACGGAGGACGUGGCGCUCCUGCAGUAUAAAGCACACCUGAGCAUCGCAGAUGAAAACAAGAGGCGGGACUUCCUGAAGAGCUGCCUCAGUCUGCCGUUUUCUCCGGAAGAUUCUGCUCACGUUCAGGAUCACUACACACUGCUGGAGAGACAGAUCAUCAUCGAGGCAACAGACCGGCAGGCUGAGCGCGGAGGGAAGCAGGAAAUCUUUCAGAAGUUUCCCCGAAAAGCUUCGAUUCUCAACAUGCCUCUGAUCACCACUCUGUACUACUGCUGCUUCUACCAUUACGCCGAGUCAGAGGUACGUAACACGCCGAGUCAGAGGUACGUAACACGCCGAGUCACGGGUUCGUAA